ACUGGCUGAGAGGCACAGGAACUCACGGACAACGGGGGUCAUUUCGCUAAAAUAAAAGCCCACUACUAUCUCCAACAGCUACACCAACAAGAUCCUAUAGGGAAACAAACUAACAUUUUCUCCACAUAACUAUUUCGUUUACGUUUUAAGGUACACAAUGGCAGAAAAAAUUGACAUUGAGGGGAAGGCAUCCAACGGAGAGGCGCAUCUCGAUGAGCAGGUAGCCAACGGACUCGGCCACAAGAAGUGUUCCAACGAGACAACGGCGGAGAAAAUCAAGAGGCUUGUCAUGGCCAACUUGCUGGUGAUUCUCACCGUGGCCGGGGUGAUCAUCGGGGUGUUCAUCGGACUUGGUGUGCGCCACAUGGAGCUGAGCAGGACACAGAUCCUCUACGUGGGCUUCCCUGGCGAGCUGCUCAUCCGGCUGCUGAAGAUGAUCAUCAUCCCCCUGGUCGUGUGCAGUCUGGUGUCUGGGGCGGCCAGCAUCGACCCCAAAGCACUGGGCAAGCUGGGCGGCUGGGCGAUGCUUUUCUUUUUGGUCACCACUUUAAUUGCGUCAGCCAUCGGGGUGAUCAUGGCGUUCAUCAUCUCCCCCGGAUCAAACACCGGCUCCAAGCCGAUUUUGUCCGGUGACGGUGAGCUGCCCCAGGCCAAAGAAGUGGUGGACUCCUUCUUGGACCUGAUCAGGUGAGAUUCAAAUGUCUGGCAGGGGUGGUGACUUAGGCUAAGCAAAAUGGGCAGACAGGCUGAUGUGGCAUCUAGCCAUUUGUGGGUCGUUCACUGAAGUGGCAGCGCGCGUGCCUUGUUUUGUCCCCAUCCUUAUUUGUCACAAUGACAGAAGUGCUCAAACGUGGCAGACCAUCAGCAAGCUAAUGAGCCCACUGUUUGAAUAUGAGCGGGGCUCCUUUGGAUAUUGCGUUGUUCCCCCCAAAUUAGGCAUAACUUCCCACAUAUGAAUUAGAAAACCGAGCAAAGCAGUCUGAAUGCACUUGUAUUGUCUUGAAAAUGUUUACAGUCAGUGCUAUCUUGCUGGGUCAAUACAAAUAAGGUCUCUUGAAACUUUGAAAGGGGUACUGACAGCCCUGCUUUCUGGGGUUGUUGGCGACAUCCGCGCCAUCCAAUUUAAUUAAAGGCACAGUUAACCCAACCGGCCGGGGUUCCCUUUGCCGUGCGCCCAGGAAAAAGGUCGCAUGCCUAGGUCAAGUCCACACACAGUGCCAUGAUAGCGAGACCGUUGAGAAGGUUGUUGUUGUAAUAUACUUUUAUUGUUACUUUUUAUUUUUACUUUAUUUUAUUUAGUAAAUAUUUUCUUAAAUAUAUUUCUUGAACAGCAUUGUUGGUUAAGGGCUUGUAAAUAAGCAUUUAAUGGUCACACCUGUUGUAUUCGGCGCAUGUGACAAAUACAAUGUGAUUUGAUGUGCUAAGGAUCUACAGUAGCGCUAGCAAUGAAUUCCUCUUGCUGUAACAUAGGGGAGUAGUUGCAUCAGCUCAAGAUGCAGCCCGUUAAUACGCGAUGUGUGUUCAGUGUCCAACGACAGGUGGUGUCUUGAGCUGUCCCCUCUUGUCAUGCCAACCCUCUAUCAUCAGAAAAUUACAACCUGUUUAGCCUACAUACGCGAUAUUAUGUAACACAUGUAUGUGCUUAGUACCAAUACACGUGUAGGAAACGUUCGUCGUAGUUCUGAGUAGCUUUUGGGCUGGCCCCUUUCUUUCUGGGAUAGACUCUUGUAUUUCCAAAAAUGGGCAUUACAUUUCGUUCCAGCCACGUGUUUUUAGGCACAGAUGAGGAAAGAUAUCUUGAACAUUCCGUUCUUUCUUUGUUUGCCACACUUUGGCAGACUUUUAACAAGUCUCAGACAGCAUUGUCCAACGAAAUGAUUGCAUGGUCAUUGCUUGCAGCACACUUUCCUAACAAAUGUGACAACCUCAGUGCUCCAACAAAACACCCUACAAUCAGAAUAAGUUUGUCCAUUUACUAGGGGUGACACAUUUACUAAGAAAUACAUGUCAAUUUAGUCAUUGCAACCGAUUGUCCUAUGUUACGUCUGUAUUGCCAGGCAAUGAAAGUUAUAUGGAAGUGCAAACCAAAUCAGUGGGCAAAAUGAUUAGCAUUCCUUUAUUAUGGUUGUGUAUUCUAGUUUUAAGUGGUUAAAUUAGUUCUAUUACAGUGUACACUUCUACUGCUUUGAUUCCCUAAAAGCCUCUCAAGCAAAAUGCAAUGAGCAAAGUCAUUUUGACUGGCCGGGAUAGCAUCAUCUCUUCUAAAUGAACAAAAAGGAGGUAGUGGGGGAAUGUGUGUGUCUCUAGCUGCUCCCCUUGUAUUUCCAUUUAUCUAAAGGAUGACCAUGGCUAUGCCAAACUGAGCCUUGAUUCAGAAACAAACCAUCCUUCUUACUAAUUUAAUAUACUGUACAUUCAUACUGACAUUGAUCCUAUUUAUACACACUCUCAAUGAAACCUCACCAUGCGGUUGGAUUUAGAAAGGAAGUGGUGAACAGUUGGUCACCAAUGCCUCCUGUUGGCACAUACAGUACUCAAAAUAUACUAGAAAUGUGGCACAGUCAGUGGCAUUCUGCCGUGAGCCCUUACUACAAUAUAACGGAUAUCAUAAAACAAACUAUUUACUGGACCUUGGGUGUUGUAAACCAUCUCAGUACACUGAUGUUCCAUAGCAUCAAGUUGCGUUACAUAGUUACCCCUGACAGUGACUGUUGACAGGAAAUACUCCACUGCCAAAACGUCCUUCGUGCACAUGUCACAAAAUUCCAGCAUCAUAGGUGAGGUGAGGGGAGUCAUGCUACCACAAGGAGCUGGCAACCAUGUGACCAAACUCCCCCCUGCCCACCGCUCUGUCCUAAAUCGGGUCAUUAGGCAAGAUUAGGCCUACUAGUUAGGAGUUUUAAAACCUAAACAUCUUGCCAAUCAUUUAGACUAUUCUCCAGGGCUUGAACCAAACUAAAGGACCCUGUGUUUUCAGUAGGAUUAGAAACUUGACUAGACCAUGCUCCAUCUACAGAGAAGUUAUUGUUUAUGGUGUGCUCUCUCGACUUUUCACCAUAAAAAAAGCCUCGCUCAGGUUAUUUACAUUCAUUUGGAGGCCCAUUCUUCACGCAACCUAAAUUAGGCCUAUGUCUGUUUCUUUGGGUUUAUAAAGAGAAGCACCUGUAGUGUCACUAAAUUGAAGCCAUGCAGCCAGUCUCCACACUCCUUGUGAUGUAGCCUAGUAUAGAUUGAUGCCCGUUUCCACAAACAACUUACUUCUUGUAAAUCAAUUCGCUAGCAAGGCAGAUUGACCUUUUUUCUCUAUCUGGCAAAGGGAAGCAGCCAAAAACACCGCCCCAUACUCAACCUUUAAAUCGUUUAUAAAUGACACACUCUUUUUCUUUUGUCAGUCAGUUGCUCUGUUCCUCCUGGUCAGCAAUAUGGGUGACCUCUAAACCUCAAAAUUCAUUGUGAUGGUGAAAGUCAUAGGCUACUUUCCAAAAUCCCUCUCAGCCUCCAGCUAGUCUAGACCCCUAGGUCCCAUUCCAGGAAAACGUCUUAAAUACACUUCAAACUGUUAAAGCCAGAUUACACCGGUGGGGGUAAUGAAUAUGGUUUAAUUCCUAAUCCUUCUAUUAAACGGAUUGUAAUUCCUUCACCUAUAGUUGUCAUUAUGACUUAGUAACUCGCUCUUGCAUAAUACGAUCUACAAGUUGCAACAGGGUGGUCUCUCCUUCCAAAUCCAACGCAUAAGGAAUCCACUUGUUUAUAAUGCAUUGUGCUCUAUUUUGAUCUUUUAAAAAAUCGAAUAAGUCUUUCUUGGAUGCGCGUGGCUCUUGGCAGGGAAUCAAUGAGAAAGGUUGUCAGUCUCGGGAGGACACACACAGACACACAGAAAGGCCACAAAGGAUGACGGUUCGUGACUCAUGUGGCUCAUUAAAGCGACCGCUCUCUGUCGGGGUCCCGUUUUGGCAACAGCAGCGGCCGGCCGAGGAGCGGUUCACUACAGCGGAAACAAGGAGCACGCUCGCACACACUGUCUUUCGCUCCCUCCUCUCUCUCUCCGUUCUCUCGCAUACAUACUAACACAAUAUCCCCAAAAGUUGUGGCAGGUUCUCAUAGUUACAAAUGUGUGGUCCUCUGUAGCUCAACUGGUAGAGCACGGCGCUUGUAACGCCAAGGUAGUGGGUUCGAUCCCCGGGACCACCCAUACACAAAAAUGUAUGCACGCAUGACUGUAAGUCGCUUUGGAUAAAAGCGUCUGCUAAAUGGCAUAUUAUUAUUAUAUUAUAAAUGACCUCAAUAACUUACUGGCUUAAACCAGUCAAUAGGUUAAAUAAAGGUAAACCAACUGAAGAGGGACAAGGCAUCACAUUUCCCAAAUAUCCCCUCCCUCCCCUUCACAUCCUUGUAUACUUUGCUGAUCUUAUCUCCACAAGAGGUUGGUGGCACCUUCAUUGCAGAGGACGGGUUCGUGGUAAUGGCUGGAGCGGAAUCGGUGGAAUGGCAUCAAACACAUGGUUUCCAGGUGUUUGAUGCCAUUUGCUCCGUUCCAGCCAUUACCACGAGCCCGUCCUCCCUUCAGCAGCCUCCACUGCUUAUCUCCAUCUGGCUUUCAUCCAUUUGCUCAUUUACAUAAAUGACUGGUAGUGUUGGUCUUCAGUUAAAAGGAUGCCCUUCGCUCUUACUGACCUACCUGCAAGUCAUUGUCUGUCCCUUUUGACUUAUUAGUCUGACCCUGAGACUAAACACAGAGACAAACGUACAGGACAAUGGACCAUAGCUGUUAUACGUAGAUGGCAUUAAGAGCUAGAGAGAUGGGCGGUACUAUUAUUCACUCGGUUGGAAUGGGAGGCAAGUAAUUUAAAACGCUUCGGGACAAAAUAAUGGGUCGGCAGGAACAAAGAAAGGCGGAGGUAAAGUAUCAGGUGUGUUGCAUCAGCCACCCUCUCUGACCUGCCCCCCUCCUGUGACAUGCCUCUACAGCUCUGUCUCUCUCUGUCUCUGUGGCAUUUGGCUCACCUACCUAAGCAGUAUGUCAGGAGUGACCGAAAUGGAGAAGAUGUCUACUAUCUGCAUCAGUUAGCCACAUACAGCCAGGAGGAGCCCAUGGGUUCUCAUUGGUCUAAAGAGAGGACCAGGACGGGAGCGUAUUCAUACUGGUAUGCAAAUAAAUACAAGGUACUGCUGCUAUGGUUGCCACCUUUAACAAGCAGUCGAAGAUUCGGUUUGACCAGGUAGAGGCGAUCUCAGGUGGACGUGGGGACAUGAAAGUGAGGUGUCAACAACACUGAAGAAGUCUACUGAAGGGUGUAAACACAACACAUCCACCACCACACUUCACGUGUACCCAGAAGAUCAGGCAGGCUGUGUUGUGUGUAUUUAUGCUGUUUUACCAGCCCCUUCGCUCAUUACUCAAACACCAUGGGAAUGUAAAUCUAAAAUCUAAAUACAGUACCAACCUGCUAUUACACAAGCGUGUUCACAGCAUUGAUGGCAAAAUGUCAACUGCACAUUUUUACAGUAAUAUGACAAAUGGAGGUGCAUGGAUGGAUGAACGCACAGACUGCAUGCCAAAACUGGACCCUGACAGAGAGGGGUUACUAUUUAAAUGAGUGCCGUUGCACAUUCACAGUAGUUUGUCUACUUUUCCUUGGGUCUUUGGCAUAGAUACUGCCACACAGAAUGUUUGUGUGUUCUGUUUUAGGGUGUGUCUGUACAUGUCAGUGUGGGUUUAAUAGGCCUACAUGUGCAGUCCAAUUUGCGUUCUCUUUUUCCGUCGGUUUAUUCCAACCAUCACCCAAUGUUCCAGCGUCUAGCCGGUUUAAUUUAGCUUUAAUGGGCGUGGUGGCAUUGGGUUGUCAUGACACGGCAUAUCAGGAAGUAAAAAUAGGGGGGGUAGGUGGAGUCACCCGGGUAUUUAAUCUAAACAGGGAUAUGUGGCCAGUGUCCAGCGAGUUUUGGGCAGGCAGACGGUUGUACUGCUCGGAGCGUCCGGUGAAAUCUGACACCCACAUUAACGUCACUGCUUCCUGUUUCUGUGGAACCUUCUGUCUCAGCCAGAGUGAGAGAGGGUUCUAGAGAGGGCAUUUACGUUCCCUGUUUGACCAAGUCCUGCAACAACCAUGGGAAUGGAGGGUUUUGAAUUGACAAGGUUUGUUAGACUAAUACAGGUCACCUUCCUAGAAAUGUGGUUUAAGGGCAACUUCUACCUUAAGUCAUUCUAUCCUCAGUCACAUGGUGUGACCAUUUAAUCCCACAAUGCAUAGUUUCCUGUCACGUAUGUAUUCAGGUCAGAAAGAGAUGUAGGAUAAAAACAUGAAAGAAGUUAAUCCCUUAUUACUCUAAAUCCGUAUGUAGGUUGACUAAGAGUGAGGGGUGGGGGUGGCCUAGUGCUCUGAGGAGAGUUCUCUAUGUUGAGGGGUGGUGGCAGGGGUGAUACAGUAACUCCACUGGUGUGUGUGUGUGUGUGUGUACUGUAUUGUAGAGCAGUAAUCUGCCCACCCCUCUCAGGGAGGUCUGGGUUUGGGCCUGAAAUCCCAGCAGCAGCAGUUUUGUGGGCAGUUGGAGGAUUAAAACACUGAAAUGCUUCCCAAUAUUUCCACAGGACAGAACUCAUGGUUGGCUCCCUCGUGAGGCCUCGGUGCCCAAGGGUAUAGGCGCCAAGUUAGCAUAAAGAAAUCCUGGAAAGAUAGCUUAGAAGUUAGAACAAGGAGUUCAGUUAGUGGUUGUAUCCCGUGGGAUGUUACCUUUAGUAUCAGACCUAGGAUCAGUUUACCUUUCCCAAAUUCCAUUUUUGGAAUGAUAAAUUAAUGAUAUAUACAGCACCAGUCAAAAGUUUGGAUACACCUACUCAUUCAAGGGUUUUUCUUAAUUUUUUUUACUAUUUUCUACAUUGUAGAAUAAUAGUGAAGACAUCAAAACGAUGAAAUAACACAUAUGGAAUCAUGUAGUAACCAAUAUUUUAUAUUUGAGAUUCUUCAACUAGCCACCCUUUGCCUUGAUGACAGCUUCACACACUCUUGGCAUUCUCUUAACCAGCUUCACCUGGAAUGCUUUUCCAACAGUCUUGAAGGAGUUCCCACGUAUGCUUAGCACUUGUUGGCUGCUUUUCCUUCACUCUGUGGUCCAACUCAUCCCAAACCAUCUCAAUUGGGUUGAGGUCAGGGGAUUGUGGAGGCCAGGUCAUCUGAUGCAGCACUCCAUCACUCUCCUUCUUGGUAAAAUAGCCCUUACACAGCCUGGAGGUGUGUUGGGUCAUUGUCCUGUUGAAAAACAAAUUAUAGUCCCACUAAGCCCAAACCAGAUGGGAUGAUGUAUCGCUGCAGAAUGCUGUGGUAGCAAUGCUGGUUAAGUGUGCCUUGAAUUCUAAAUAAAUCACAGACAGUGUCACCAGCAAAGCACCCCCACACCAUAACACCUCCUCGUCCAUGCUUUACGGUGGGAAAUACACAUGCGGAGAUCAUCCAUUCACCCACACCGCGUCUCACAAAGACACAGCGGUUGGAACCAAAAAUCUCCAAUUUGGAUUUCCACCGGUCUAAUGUCCAUUGCUCGUGUUUCUUGGCCCAAACAAGUCUCUUCUUCUUCUUAUUGAUGUCAUUUAGUAGUGGUUUAUUUGCAUCAAUUCAACCAUGAAGGCCUGAUUCACACAGUCUUCUCUGAACAGUUGAUGUUGAGAUGUGUCUGUUACUUCAACUCUGUGAAGCAUUUAUUUGGGCUGCAAUUUCUGAGGCUGGUAACUCUAAUGAACUUAUCCUCUGCAGCAGAGGUAACUGGGUCUUCCAUUCCUGUGGCGGUGUUCAUGAGAGCCAGUUUCAUCAUAGCGCUUGAUGGUUUUUGCGACUGCACUUGAAGGAACUUUCAAAGUUCUUGAAAUGUUCCGUAUUGACUGACCAUGUCUUAAAGUAAUGAUGGACUGUCAUUUCUCUUUGCUUAUUUGAACUGUUCUUGCCAUAAUAUGGACUUAGUCUUUUACCAAAUAGGGCUAUCUUCUGUGUACCACCCCUACCUUGUCACAACACAACUGAUUGGCUCAAAUGCAUUAAGAAGGAAAGAAAUUCCACAAAUUAACUUGGUAAAUGAAAUGCAUUUUAGGUGACUACCUCAUGAAGCUGGUUGAGAGAAUGCCAAUAGUGUGCAAAGCUGUCAUCAAGGCAAAGGGUGGCUAUUUGAAGAAUCUCAAAUAUAAAAUAUGUUUUGAUUUGUUUAACACUUUUUUUGGUUACUACAUGAUUCCAUAUGUGUUAUUUCAUAAUUUUGAUGUCUUCACUAUUAUUCUACAAUGUAAAAAAUAGUAAAAAUAAAGAAAAACCCUUGAAUGAGUUGGUGUGUCCAAACAUCACUGGUAGUGUAUAUUAGACCCGAGUGGCGCAGUGGUCUAAGGCACUGCAUCGCAGUGCUAGCUGUGCCACUAGAGAUCCUGGUUCGAAUCCAGGCUCUGUCGUAACCGACCGGGAGACCCAUGGGGCGGCGCGCAAUUGGCUCAGCGUCGUCCAGGGUAGGGGAGGGAAUGGCCGGCAGGGAUGUAGCUCAGUUGAUAGAGCAUGGCGUUUGCAACGCCAGGGUUGUGGGUUUGAUUCCCACAGGGGGUAUGAAAAAAAAUAAUGUAUGCACUAACUGUAAGUCGCUCUGGAUAAGAGCGUCUGCUAAAUGACUAAAAUGUAAAUGUAAAAUGUAUUUACCCAUUGAUUCUUGAAUAAUAUAAGUUAAUUUAUAAAUGCCUCAUUAGCUUAGUUCAACUGUUGUACCAAAAUAUACGCUUAUUUUACUCCAAUGUUUGUAAACAACGUAAAUGUAAACAAACACUGAAUAGCGUUAAAGCUAUGUGAAUGGUCAGGUCUUGCAUCCAUAGCUCUGUAUGAAUCUGAGUGUUUACAUUUCUUCAGCCCCAUCCCAUAGCUUUUUAGAUAAACAGAGGUGCGAAGAAAGCUUAAUUAUGGUUUCAAUUAAGUAUUCUAGCUUUAACCAUUAAGGGGGGGAAACUCAAACCUGACCGUAGAUGAAUGUCUUGUUGCAACUUCUACCCCUUGUAGCACACUAAAGGAUACAGGGCCCUCACCAUGGCUGUUUCACACCUGCAUUGGCACCUGUGUCCCUCAGAGCUGAAGUGACUGAAUGUUUCACUCCAUUUUGGUUUCUAGCUGUGGCCAUGGUUUCUGAUCAUCAUAGCGUCACUGUCAGCACAGCUGGUGCCUGUGUAGUGUACUGAAUGUGUCUCUUGUUCUCUCUUACAGAAACAUUUUCCCCUCCAACUUGGUGUCUGCUGCCUUUCAGUCUGUGAGUAUCCUCUUGUACCACACAUAUAAUAGAAAGAGAGAAACUGAGACUUAAAGGAAUAAUCCACGCAAACAAUUUGAUGGCAUUUUUUUUUUCAUUCGUCCACUGGUGAUACAAUCCCAAUUUUGUUUGCAUGUCAGCAAUCACGUUUUCAAGAUACAGGACUUUCAAAAAGCAAAUUGUAAUUUGCCACAUGAUGCAAAACGCAUCAUGAUGAUGUGGCAAGUUACAAUUUGCUGUUUGAAAGUCAAAUAUCUAGAAAACUUGAUUGCUGACGUGCAAAACGUGUUGGGACUGUAUCAACAGUGGACUAACGAAAAAAAUACCAAAUGUAGUUUUAUUUUGUGUGUAUUGUUCCUUUAAGGCUUUUUUGGAAUCCACAUAAUUUGUUAGUUAAACAGAAGACAUUUUGCCUAUAUUUGUAUACGUGUACUAAUGAAAUAUUUUCCUCUCUGUCUGCAGUAUGCUACCAGCUACAAGUUUGUGACCAAGAAUGGCACUAAUGGCUUGCCCGACAUCACAGUUGAGAAGGUGAAUCGACUUAAAUGCCAAAAUGAGUUCGAAAUCUAUAUAGGAUGUCACAUUUGACUGUCAAAUAUCUGUUGCUGUUGACAGUUUGAACGUGUCUAAAAUGCAUCACUCACGCUGACCUGAGUUAUUGCGUUGUGUAUGCAUAUAGGUUCCCUUUGGCACAGACCAGGACGGUAUGAACAUCCUAGGGCUGGUGGUGUUUGCCAUAGUGUUUGGUGUAGCCCUGAGGAAGCUAGGAGAGGAGGGAGAGAUUCUCAUCAAGUUCUUCAACUCCUUUAACGAGGCCACCAUGGUACUGGUGUCCUGGAUCAUGUGGUAAGGGAGCCGUUUGCCCAGCAGCACUGUAGGGAAUAGAUCUGGGUGUGAGAGAGGAUACACGCAUGAUGUAUAUGAGUUUUGCCACCCCGCGUUUAUCUUUCACAUAUCAUCUCGUAAUUGUUAUAAAAAUAAUAUGGUAUUUAAAUAGCAUUUUUCAAGGAUCCAAAGUCACUAAUUGUUGUUGUAUUUGUACUUGCUUCAUAUGUGGUAAUAUUGAUACAUAUUUGUUUUUUAAAUUGUAUUUGUACUUUGGACCGCGUCUUUACAAAUUCCUAAUGGCAACCCACCUCUCCCUCCUCCUUCUCUCUCCAGGUAUGCCCCCCUUGGUAUCAUGUUCUUGGUGGCAGGGAAGAUCGUGGAGAUGGAGGACGUGGGAACGUUGUUUGCCAGCCUGGGCAAGUACAUCGCCUGCUGUAUCAUCGGCCAUGCCAUCCACGGCCUGCUGGUCCUGCCAGGCAUCUACUUUAUCAUCACCCGCAAGAACCCCUACACCUUCCUGUGGGGCAUCUUCACUGCUCUGGCCACAGCCUUUGGAACCUGCUCCAGGUACUGUUGCAGUCACUAGAUCACCAUGCUAGAGAGGAUGGUAAUCCUUAAUUGCUCUUAUACCAAGGUUGCUCUAUACCGUACCAAAAAUGCUCAUCUCCAUUACUAUGCAGUUAAAAUACAAUCAUUCAAGUGCUAUGUAACAACAUGUUCCCAGUGCAAAAGUGUUACAGAGAAGAGAAACAUUGGUAAUUACGUCAGAACUGAUGAGCAUAUAUGAGGUAUUUGUUCAUUUACGGCUAGCGCUCUCACACACACACUCAUGCUCACUCACUCUCUCUCAGCUCUGCCACCCUGCCGCUGAUGAUGAAGUGCGUGGAGGAGAAGAAUGGCGUGUCAAAGCACAUCAGUCGUUUCAUCCUGCCCAUCGGGGCCACAGUGAACAUGGACGGUGCAGCUCUCUUCCAGUGUGUGGCUGCAGUCUUCAUCGCUCAGCUCAACAACAUCCCACUCAACUUCAUCCAAGUCUUCACCAUCCUGUGAGUCACGCUCUCUCUAGUCUGUUUGAUUCAAUUCAGUUUGAUUCUAAGGGGCAGUUGUGUUGGGUAAAGCGGAGCAAAUUCAAAUGUAUUAGCUGUAUACACGCAUACAAAACAGACUUGUAUAAAGCUUGGGUCAAACUUGCUAGGCUGAGUAUUAGGAAACGCAGUGCUCUUGAGUGGCUAAUUCUCUGCAUGUCCCGCCCCCUCUGUCAGAGUGACAGCCACAGCGUCCAGUGUGGGAGCAGCAGGGAUCCCUGCGGGGGGUGUGCUGACACUGGCCAUCAUCCUGGAGGCAGUGGGACUGCCCACCAACGACAUCUCCCUCAUCCUCGCCGUCGACUGGCUCGUGUGAGUACCUCAUGUUUACUGUUCUAUUGGAACAGCUCAUCCAUCUCAUAUAAAUGUCAUAGCAUCCGUGACCGUUUGUCUGCUUCAUACACUUGACAUAGCAUUGACAUGACAUAAUUAUGCAUACGGUGAUCACCCUGGGUUUGACUGGUUUAACCGUGAUUGGACCAUUGUUUCAGUGACCGUACCUGCACCGUUCUGAACGUGGAGGGCGACGCCUUCGGAGCCGGGCUGCUGCAGUGGUACGUGGACCGAUCUGACAAGCCCAAGGAGGGGGCGGAGCUAAGCGAGGUGAAGAUGGAGAAUGACAUGCCCGCCAUGCCGGAGCACUUGCCCCUCAUCGAGGAGAAGAAGAACAUGGGUGCGGCCGACGAGAAGGCGGCGGCUCACAUCUCUGAGAAAGAGUCCUUCAUGUAGAUGGUUCCCUGCUAUGUCAUCGAUGACACUCCGUUUGACCCAACAAUCCAGCUUCUCCAUACGUGACCCCCCCAUGCAGAAAGGAGGGGAGAGGACCUUUUUAGACUUCCAUUUAAAGACGAUUCCUCUCCUUGUGUCUUCUCUCUUUCUAAGAGAGACUGAGAGAUCCAGGUUGGGGGGGGCAAAGGAGAGCUUGAAGAGAGGCUGUUCAGAUUUUAACGUGACAGUAUUUUUUUUUAAGGACUCUAGGUUGGAAUCCUUUGAAUCCUGCUUUGGUUCAGAAGAGCUGGCCCUGACUUCCUGUCUUUUAAAUAUUUUUAACAGUAGCCAGCCUUUAAAAGGCAAAUAUCUCCAUGUUUUCUGUAUCAUAGCCACAUGUGCAUUAUGUUUCUCUGUGUAUGAAGUAGCCAGCACUAAUUAUCUCUGUACUCUGUGACAGUAGAUGAUGAAGAUUCCAAAGUUAUCACACAAGAUCCUCUGUACUGUAUGAUGUACCAAAUUUAAGUUAAAUCCUAAAUGAUGUUCCACUGCUGGAAAAAGGACCUUUCUCACACAAGAACUCUCUGUAAUAUUACACACACUGUGGCUCUGCUCAAUGCUUCUAAUCUGUAGCUGU